AUGAAUUUUCAUUCAUUCAUCCUCAAAAACUAGAUUGAUAAUAGAUGGUAAUUUAAAAAAAAAAAGAAAAAAAGACGACUAUCUAAAAUUGCAUUUGGAUCCUCAUAAGAAAAGUAACAUUAAAUAAAAUAGUCUUAACUUAUGGAUUAUCAAAUAAACUAUUUAUCAGUAUAACCUAAUACAAGAAAUGUAGUUAUCUCAAAAGAUGGAAAGAGUAAAAGAUCUUUAACAGAAAUAUCAAAAUCUUGUCAUUCUCCUAUAAAUAUAAAGCUUCCAACCAUAAACUAAUAAUUUUUUUAAUAAAAUAUAAAACCAUGUGUUUUUUAGUUAAAAGAAUAUACCCCUAAAUUGUAUGAUGAUCUACCUUAUACUUCAAAUGAAUUAAAAGAAAUUUUAAAUUAACUUAGGUUUAAAAUUUAAUAUAUUCAUUUUAGAUCUAAACAUAGAGUUAAAAAACCAGAUGAACAACUUCUUUUUUGA